AUGCUGCAACGUCUCAAAGUCUGUUUACAUACUGAAAAGGGUGACUUGACAUGGGACUCGUAUGAUGAAAAUCUUGCUAGAAAUAUUCGUGAUACUAAAAUCUACUCAAAUAUUGUUGAUAUAAAUCAUUCGAUGUCUUUACUAAAUUCGAGUGGUGUCGGAAAAUCCACAUUUAUCAAUACAUUCGCAAAUUAUCUUCAUUUUAACACAUUUGAUCACGCACAAGCGGGUAAACCUCUUGUGCUCAUGCCAGUUUCAUCUAUUAUUACUACUGGUGACGAUUUCGAAGAGCAUAUUCUGUAUUUCAACGACACCAAUGAUCCAGAUAAUGAGAAUUUCAAUCAUCUUGGUCAAUCAAUUACGCAACAUUGCAAAUCUUAUGAGUUUGAAAUUGAUCAAACCAAUGGAACCAAAUUGUGUAUCGUCGAAACGCCCGGUUUUGACGAUACACGUGGAAUCGAACAAGACGAUCGAAAUAUGAGAGAGAUUUACGAUUGUAUCAAAAAUCCUCUCUCUCAUAUUCACGGUGUUUGCGUUCUCCUAAAACCGAACGAAUCACGACCCAUUAUCUACUUUCUUACAUAUCUUACCCAACUAUUCUCGAUUUUUUGGACCGAAAAUUAG